AUGAACUCUGACAACACUGACGAUAACAUGAAAUCUGAAAACACUGACGAUAACAUGAACUCUGACAACACUGACGAUAACAUGAACACUGACAACACUGACGAUAACAUGAACUCUGACAACACUGACGAUAACAUGAACUCUGACAACACUGACGAUAACAUGAACUCUGACAACACUGACGAUAACAUGAACGCUGACAACACUGACGAUAACAUGAACUCUGACAACACUGACGAUAACAUGAACUCUGACAACACUGACGAUAACAUGAACUCUGACAACACUGACGAUAACAUGAACUCUGACGAUAACAUGAACUCUGACAACACUGACGAUAACAUGAACACUGACAACACUGACGAUAACAUGAACACUGACAACACUGACGAUAACAUGAACUCUGACAACACUGACGAUAACAUGAACACUGACAACACUGACGAUAACAUGAACACUGACAACACUGACAAUAACAUGAACACUGACAACACUGACGAUAACAUGAACUCUGACAACACUGACGAUAACAUGAACACUGACAACACUGACGAUAACAUGAACACUGACCAACACUGA